UUGCGCCUGAGAGUGCGUCUUUCUUGGGGUGCCAUGAGGAGCUGACGGACUCCCCUCGCCCUCCCCGCGAGACCACCAUGAAGGAGGGGGAAGAAGUUGCCUCCGCCCCCCUUCCCCACGGACUCCACAAACUUGCCGGCCCGCCUCCUCCGGAGAGCGCCGCUUUCCCCGCUAGCAGCCCGAGGAACGGCUACGUGAGGAGCUGCGCGACACCUUUGCCCCAGAGCCCCCCGCUGGGCUUCCCCUGGCUUCUCCCGGCCGCUUUCCAGUGGUCUCUCUUCGCCCUGGGCGCCGCGGCCGCCCUCGCGCUUCUCUGGGAGUUCCGCCGGGGGCACGAGGGGGAGGCGGCGCCCGAAAGCGCGGCGCUGCUGCUGCCAGUGGCGGUGGGACUGUGCCGGAGCCUCAGCCCGCUCUUCAGCCUCGCCUGCGCCUUCUUCUUCCUCACCUGCUACCUGGCCCGGGACCAGCCCGGCGGCCUGUGGUGGUUGCUGGCUCUACCGCUGUGCUGCUACUCGGGGGACUGGGUGGCGCUGCAGUGGCUGCUGCUGCCCCGCCGGGGCCAAGCGGGGGAGGGCGCCCCCCAGGCUCCGCCGGCCGAACUGCAGAUGGUGGCGGGGCGGUUGCUGGCCGCGCUGGGCGCCGUCGCCGCGCUCACCCUUUUGCAGCGCAGCCUCAAGCUCCGCAGGAGCCUCCUGGUCUUGGUCUUCUCGAGCCUCGUGUGGCUGGUGUCGCUCACGAGCCUGGGCUUCCUGCCCCCGGCCCUGCGGCCGCUGCUCUCCGGUGUGGUCGGGGUGGCCGGCUGCCUGCUGGCGCUGCUGGGCGGGGAGCGGGGCUUCUUCUCUUGGGACUCGCCAGGUCGCGGACCGCAACGACACCCCCAGCAUUCUCACCCGAGGCUGCCCGGCAGCGCAGAGGACAGAGUGCCUGUGAUUCGGCCCAGGAGGAGAUCCAGCUGCGUGUCCUUGGGGGAGACUUCCACCAGCUACUAUGGCAGCUGCAAAAUGCCCCGGAGACCCUCGUUGCCUUGCAUUUCCAGAGAACAGAUGAUUCUUUGGGACUGGGACUUAAAGCAAUGGUAUAAACCUCAUUAUCAGAAUGUUUGCAGUGGAACUGGAGUUGAUCCUUCUGUACUAAAUGAAACUCGCACUAUGCUGUAUGAUCUCCUGAAUGAUCCAGGCCUUCCCCCUCAUGUGAUUUCUUCCCUACGAAACAUUAACAGUUUGAUGAGUGCUUUCUCAGGCUCAUGCAGGCAAAAAGUUAAUCUGUUUACACCAUUUCCGGGCUUUUAUCCCUGUCCAGAAGUGGAGGACUCAUCUGACAAAGGAGACCGUAAGCUGCACAAGGGACUAAGUAGCCGAAAUAGUUUACCAACUCCACAGUUAAGGCGAAAUUCAGGAGCCUCAGGCUUUCCUCUCAUUGAACACUCAUCCACUAGAUGGGAACGCAAUAAUGGCAAAAGAUCACAUCAUGAACAUAAUUCUUCAAGCCAAGGAUCCUAUCCAAAUGGGCCUUUCAACACAAACCUGUUGACAAUACCAAAACAAAGAUCAUCUUCAGUGACCUUGGCUCAUAAUAUAGGCCCCAGGCGAGCUGGAACUUCUUCAAAUUUAAGUCAUGUGAGUUCACCUGCUAAUGGAUUUGUAUCCAGUGGGCUUCACCGGUCACCUGUAGAAUUUCCUGAUACUGCAGAUUUCCUUACUAAGCCAAGUGUUACUUUACAUAAACCUCUGGGGGGCCCGUUUAGUUCUUCAGAUGUUCAGCAACCUUUUAGAACAUCUUCAUAUUAUACAUGUAGUAGUUGUGGACGUCAGAUAUUUAAGCCUGUUGCAGCCUCAUUUUCUAAAUCUACUUCAGAAUAUCAAAGCAGAAAAUCAGCUGAAGAUGGAAAUAAUGAAAUUCCAAAAGAUCUUACUCACCAUACAGAGAAACAACAAAAUAGAACAGGAGAAUUAGAAACUCAGAAUCAUCAAAUGGAUCAGACUAAAAACAAACAACUUGAUUUGGAGGAAGAUCCGUCAUUAGAGCUGAUGGUAAUAGAUGAUUAUGAUUCUUUAAUGGAAAAAAUGGACAACUGGAACUUUCAAAUAUUUGAUCUUGUUAAAAAAAUGAGAGAUAAAUCUGGAAGAAUCCUUAGUCAGGUUGCAUAUGCAUUGUUUCAAGACACUGGAUUAUUUGAAAUUUUCAAAAUUCCAACUCAGCAAUUCAUGAAGUACUUUCAGGCACUAGAAAAUGGUUACCGAGACAUUCCCUAUCACAAUCGAAUACAUGCAACAGAUGUUCUUCAUGCUGUUUGGUAUCUCACAACACGACCAAUUCCUGGAUUUCAGCAAAUGCAUUCUCAUUCUACAGAAAGAAGUGACAUUGAUGUAGAUAAUGAAUUACCUAGUCAAGUUGCCUAUAUUUCCUCUAAGAGUUGCAUUAUUGUUGAUGAAAACUAUGGAUCAUUAGCUUCAAAUAUUCCAGCUUUAGAGUUAAUGGCUUUGUAUGUAGCAGCCACUAUGCAUGAUUAUGAUCAUCCUGGUCGUACAAAUGCCUUUCUAGUAGCUACAAAUGCUCCUCAGGCUGUGCUGUACAACGACAGAUCUGUUCUAGAAAACCAUCAUGCUGCUUCUGCAUGGAGUCUCUUCUUAUCUCUUCCAGAGUACAACUUUCUGCCUUGUCUGGAUCAUGUACAAUUCAAACGGUUUCGCUUUUUAGUAAUUGAAGCAAUCCUUGCCACCGAUCUCAAAAAACAUUUUGACUUCCUUGCUGAAUUUAAUGCUAAGGUACAUGAUGUAAACACUCAUGGUAUUGAAUGGAGCAAUGAAAGUGAUCGCUUAUUAGUAUGUCAGAUGUGCAUCAAACUGGCAGAUAUCAAUGGCCCAGCAAAAAGUAGAGAUCUGCAUUUGAAAUGGACAGAAGGCAUUGUUAAUGAAUUUUAUGAACAGGGAGAUGAAGAAGCAAGUCUGGGGUUACCUAUUAGCCCUUUUAUGGACCGCCAUUCUCCUCAACUUGCAAAAUUACAAGAAUCUUUUAUUACUCACAUUGUUGGUCCCUUAUGUAAUUCUUAUGAUGCAGCUGGCUUGCUCCCAGGCCAGUGGAUUGAUGAAAAAGAAGAUAACAUGGAAAGCUCUGAAGAUUAUAAUGCAGAAGAAUUAUAUAGUGAAGAUGAUGAAAUGGAAGAUUUUGGCACAAAACUUGGAAGAAAAAACAGACAGCAAAUAUUUUGUCAGCUAAUGUACCAUUUGAAUGAAAAUCACAAAAUAUGGAAGAAAAAGACUGAAGAAGAAGAGCUAAAUAAAUCUGAAGAGGGCAAACAGUCAGAGCACACAUCCUUAUGUAAUACAGAUGAAAUUCAAGUUAUUGAAGAAGCAGAUGAAGAAGAUGAGCGACAUCAAGAAGAAAGAACAUUCUAAGACAAUUUCAGAAUGUUAUACAGUAUGGCUCCAGAAAGAAUAUAUUUUCUCAAGACUGAUACAGUUGAUAAAACUAAGAAAAGUACGAUAACUGUGAGGAGACAUUUAUUUCUGUGGCAGAAUGCCACUCCUAUGCACUUUUCCUACCCAGAGUUCAAAAACUUCAUUUAGAAAUUUACUGAACAUUGAAUUCUACAGUACAAAGAUUUCAUACUCAACCUGGUAUUCAAAUGCCGUUUUGCUGGCUUUCUGAAAACAGCUGUUUAUUGCUGAAGUGGUAUUACAGUUUUUCAAAGAAAAAAUCAGACUCAGUUACCAAAGUCAACAGAAUAGUUUGCUUAUAGGAACUAUGUGGUUAAAUAUUUUAAAUGUUCUGGAAUUUGUAUUUUAUUUUUAAUGUGAAUUUCAAAAUCACUGUGCCUAUUUAUUAGUAUUAAUGUUGCAGGUCAAACUUGUUUGGUUUGCAGUAGUUUUCUUAAUGCAGUUAUCUUGGAUUAAUUUAACCAUUUGGUAACUACACCCAGAAUAACUGAACUUUGUGGUCAAAAUUAAAUCCCAUGAGCAUCUGUUUGAUGCUUUUAACUGUGGUGCAUAACCUGCCAUUUUAUUUUCAUGAAAAUGUUCAGGUUUGCAGUGAGUAUGCAGGUUAGCUGACUAAAUAUACACCUGUUGCCUUUUUCCUGUUGUUCUGUAAUAGAUCAUAAAAGCUGUUUCUCAAUUUCAUAAUGAAGGGAUUCUGUUAUUUUAAUCAAUAAUGUCCUAUGUUCCAUUCUUACUCAGGAUUCAUGUUAACAUGACACAACAGCUUUUGUAUUUACAAUACUGUGUUAAUGUAAGAAGUUCAGUUUUUUUAAAAAAGAACUCUUUCUUUGUACAUAAACUUUAAGAAGAAUUAA